AGUGACACCGCUGCUGCCGAGAUACGCGUACGAAGGCCGAAGGGCCGUCAGUCGUGUUCACAGCUGCAACUGCUGCAUACGCGUGCAAAAUGUCAAAGGAAUACAUUGGAUUGACCACAGUACAGUCAUUAACGGCUAUACUGUUACUGCAAACCACGGGCACCACAGCAUCCAUAUGCAAGGCAGGUCUGUGUUCUAACGAGCAAUACUGUUGUGGCGAUGACAAAUGUUGCGACAACGUCUACAGCCUUUGGUACUUAUGUGGUGGGAUAGUUGUCAUGUUGUUUGUGAUCGGAUCGUUUUGUCCAGUGUUUAAACAAUGUUUUGGGUGUCUCCGUGCGCCCGUUUUGGUUAAGUACGUACCGGUCCCUUCUUCUCCCACAAAAAAUAAAUUAAGCAGUGAUCGAGAGAACAAAUGUACAAGAUUGGAUGUCACAUUACCAGCACCGCCUCAAGUUACAACUAUGGAUUUCACCAAUUGUAUUUAACUACAAUUUAUUUAUUACCAAGCAAAUCAUCAUUUAACGAGAUCACAUAUUUCAUUCAUCACAAAGCUUACUAUUCCGGUGUCCAAUUGAAUAAAGAAGAUUCAUAGGAAUCAUUAAUGGUAUUGAUAUAAAAUUACUUCGAUUUAUUUGCGUUAAUAAGUUCUUACAAAUUACUCUCUCAAACCCUUUAUUAUGUAAAAAAAAUAAACUAAAAGACUAAUAUAAAAACCUAACGGUUGACUGUGAUUAGCGAUUUAUAUUAAAAGGAUUUUAUUAACGUAUUCAGUAAAAACCACUUCGACUGUUUAGUAUGCCUGUGUGCGUUUUGUAAUUAAUGAGCUAACUUGGCCAUAUACGACGACAUAAUAUAAUACUCUCAUAUAAUAACUUACCGAACAUGUGUACCUAUUAUACAGUAUCCGUCCAAUUACUAUUAUACGAGAUAAGUUUAAUAAUAAAAAGGAUAAUAUCAAGUGAAGUACAAUAUCACCUGACAUUUACUAAAUUGAUAAACCCAAAUUGUUCUUUUAUGUUCAUUGUCAAACUACUCGAUGAUAUUACCUAUUAUAAUAUUACCAGUAAGUUUAUAAGAAAAGAUAAAAGUUAAUAAAAAAAAACAGUGUAUCCGAAAGCAAGGAAAAGGGAUAAAGGAAAUGAAGGGAAGACUGUAUUGAUUGCAGUUUUUAUAAAUGCUAUUGAGGGUCACAACUACGCACAGUAAGCUAUCAAUAUGCAUUACUCUUGAACCUUCAAUAAGAUUUUAUUUAAGAGAUCCUCGUUUUUCAGUAAAGACAAUUUGAAAAUAUAUUUUUUUCUGAAUAUUGUAACAUUAUUUUUUUUAAGGUCUUAUCCUAAUUAAACACAAAAUAUUACAUUUUUCAAAAUAUUAACGAGAUAUUUGAAAUAUUGCAAUUUUAAUCCAUCUUCUAAUAUAUUUAUUUUGUGCAUGCUUCAGUUGACAUAAUUAAAAAAUCGACUGCAGAAUAAUUAUUUUUUUAGUUUUUUCAAAACUAAACAACAUUUGAUCAAUAUAUUUAAUACAGGUUGUAUAACACAAAUUAGUGAACUGAACCUAUAGUUACAGUGUAAUACUCUAGUGGCGUUCUCAGGGUUUUAGGAGGAUAUAAAACAUAAAUUUUCAAUUCCCCAUCCAAAAUAGAUGUAUCCCAUAAAAUUAUUUUCACCGUGGAAAAGCUCGAUUCUCCAUAUUUCAUCGGUGAGAACGUCUAUGGUUUAAUAUGUGCCACAUAGAAUCUUUUUUUGCAAAAACUAAUGUGUCAAAAUUUUUAAUCGUUGUUUAUUAACAAAUAAUUAACACGUCGAAUAAUUAGGCACCGUCAAAACUGUGCCUAAUUUUAAAUAUUGUACUAAAGUCAUUAUAGGAAAUGUAAUGUAAAGUAGUAAAAUAAAAUCAUUAUUGUUAUUUUAAGUGUUUUUUUUUUGUGAAAUAUCAGUAUUAAUUUAUAAAUUUUUAUGGUUGAAUUUAUAUUUGUUUUAGAAAGAUAUAUUUUUCAAUAAAAUUAUUUGUACAAAAAUUAUUUUUAAAAUACUAUAACUGUUAAUCAUUAUGUUGACAUAUUAAAAUAUAGUGUGAAAAUAAAUUAAUGUUUAUUGUAAA